AGGGUAUGGGUAGAUGAAUUCUUUUUAUAAACUGUUCCAGGAUGGUCCUUCAAUGAAUAUCGAAAAAGGUCCUUAAAUACAUUCUCAGACUGCAAAAGAUUUAAAUUAAAUUUGGACCAGGGCGUGGAGUAAUCUUGGAUAAAUAUCGAUCUCGAUACUCCUACCAUCUACAGGAGAAUUACUCAAACUGUAUAUGCCAUAGAAUGACCAGGUUAUUAUCUUGUAGUGGUAACGCAGAAUCUUCUAUUAGUUACCCUGGAUGGCAGAUGAUUUGUCUCUUUCUUUAUAGGUUAGACUGUAAUUAUGACAUUGCAAUAUAACUUUUAAAAAAUAUAUCGCGACUUUAAGGAUAGCCGUCCAUAGAAGACAUUCUUGAAGUACUCGAAAUGACUAAUUUAAAACGGUAUGUGGAUCUACUACGAGAGAACGACGAAAAAAUCUACAGGGAGGCUCAAAAAAUUCUUUCUAUUCUCUGUAAAAACAUAAUCGACAAUCCUCAGAAAGAAGAGUAUCGUAAGAAAGAUGAUCAUCUUUUUCUACCUAAAGAUGCGCCCUUGACUAAGACCUAUGAGUUGCGUCAGUUACUUUCUAGCUCAGAUAUUAAAACACAGCGACAAGAAUCUGUGGCACAGCCAAGCAUACAACCCACUGUUUCUAAAUCCUCAGUAACAUCAAUGGAGUUUCUAGAUAAAAUUAGGUUAGAAUUUGCCGACGUUUUAAAAUAUGAAAAUCCUACUUUGCAAGCAAAAGCCAAAUCUAUUGUGCCAUUAACGAGAUUACAAACUGGGGUCGUUCAGACACUAAGAUCUGUUCAGAGGGACAUAAAAGUAAAUGGAAAUGAAGGAAAUACUGAAGAAGAUACUAUCAUAGAAAAUUUACUACUAGCAGAAUUGUUGCGAUGGUUUAAAUUAGAAUUUUUCCAAUGGGUAGAUAGUCCCCCUUGUUAUGCAUGUUCCGGGCCAUGCAAAUACUCAUAUACUGUGAAGUCAAAAGAUCCAAGAAUAUUACGAAUUGAAAUACACAGAUGUACUAGCUGUGGAACUCAAGUGAAAUUUCCCAGGUAUUCGGAUCUUCAGAUACUUUUAAUCACUAGACAGGGACGAUGCGGGGAGUGGGCUAGAAUAUUUACAUUACUCUGUCGAUCAUUGGGAUACGAUGCAAGGCUUGUUUGGGAUAAAACUGAUCAUCUUUGGACUGAGGUGUGGUCUCCAAGAUCAGGUAGAUGGAUACAUGCAGAUCCUUGUGAAAAUGUCAUGGAUCGUCCGCUGAUGUACGAAAAAGGAUGGGGGAAAAAAUUAACUUACAUUAUCGCUUUCUCCAGAGAUGAAGUUCAAGAUGUAACGUGGCGGUACACGAUGGAUCAGGAAUCUGUGAUGAAACGUCGAACACUCAUCACCGAAGAAGCUUUAAUUUCAUUUAUCAGAAAGCUCAAUCUAGAACGACAAACUGCAUCAGGAUACAGCGAGGCUCGUAGACAGUAUGUGGUGAAGCGGAAUCUCCUAGAACUCGUGGAGAUGUUACCUGCUCCCCCUGGUAAAGAAAAGCCUCACGUGAAUGAAGAUUAUCAGGGACGAAGUUCAGGAUCCCUUACUUGGAGAUUAUCACGUGGUGAAGUCAGCAACUCCACUAUAAAAGAAUCGUAUUCCUGGAAGAUUCCAAAAGAUCUUCGGCAAUAUGAAUUGUGUUACUAUGCUGCAAAAGAUAUCUACCAUAUCAGAGGAAAGGAUGGCAGUGUUUUGGAGCAGAGAACCGGGUGGCAGAAGGGACUCCAUACAACAGAAGGUGGUGUCUUCAGGAAGGUAGAAGAAGAUUGGAAGGUAGUUUACUUGGCUCGUUCACCAGGUGCACAGUCUGGUCUUGUCAAGUGGUCUUUUGAGGUCCUUGAUACAUGCCUACGAAUCGACUCUUUCAGUUUUCAAGUAAUUACCAGAGUUUUUCACGGCGCAAAGAUACAAUGGAUACUUGAAGCAUUUUAUCAGAAUGCUGAAAGUAAAAUAUUGUGCCUUAGUAACUGUAACAAUACCUUCACUACUAACGACGAUGUCAAAGGCGCCAUUAAGGUCUUUUUGAGUGCCACUCUCAUGGGUGGCAAGGAUGAUCUCGCUUGGCAGCACGCUCAAUUAUUCAGACAAAGUCUGCAGUCUGAAGAACAUUCCCUUCUCAUUCAAAUUAGACUCGUUGAAUACACGUAACAAAAAGUAGAGCAGUUUUUUGUUUUAUAUUCAAAGAUGCCAAUAUGAUAUUAGGAAUUUAAGUAAUUAUAAUUAAGUAAUAAAAAAAUGGUAAACAUUCCUUAAGAA